AUGAGAUUUAACGGGGUGAAAUGUCUGCACGGCUUUACCGCGAGAGCUCUCCCUGGGGUUUGCCGCCGCCCCGUGUCCCUGGGCUGCAGCGCCGGCCCCGGUCUUUUCUAUAAAGAACCAGUUUUUGGCUGUGAGGGCGUGGGGCGAUGCUCAGGGAACGCUGAGCGCAGGGGCGGGGCAGGAGCCCAGUGCCGGGAAAUGCUGGAGGCUUUUGAGGCCGGUGGUGCUCGGCCAGUGCCAGAGGCCCAGAGGCUGCGGGAGCCCCGGGAAGGCUGGAGCCAUUCCUGGGUGCCCGGUGAAGGGCCGUGCCCGCGUCCCCAGGCUGCCUGCCCCGGUCGGGAGGACGGGGACCUCGAGUCAAGGCCACCAUACCAGGGCCGCCAGGCUGGGCGAAGGUCCUCGGCCAACCUCCGACCCCAUCCGGACUCCGUCCCCCAGCCACACCCCGGUGUCCUAGCCAGAUCCUGCACCCCGGCCGGACCCCGUGCCCCAGCCAUGGAGCUGCCGAGCGCCUGCAGCCACCCGUGUUGGUUCCUGCUCACGCUGCUCCUGGGGCUGCUCCUCUGGGCCAGGAGGAGAUGCGCUUGGGACCCCCGCAAGUGUCCCACUGACCUGACCGGCAAGACGGUGAUUGUCACCGGAGCCAACAGUGGGAUCGGCAAGCGCGUGGCCCUGGAGCUGGCUCGCAGGAAUGCUCGCACCAUCCUGGCGUGCCGGAGCCAGGAGCGGGGCCGGGCAGCGGUGGAGGAGAUCCGGGCAGCCACCGGCAACCCCGCGGUGCUGCUGCGGCUGCUGGACACCAGCUCGCUGGCCUCCGUGCGCGCCUUCGCCCAGGCCGUGCUGCGGGAGGAGAAGCGGCUGGACGUGCUGGUGAACAACGCUGGGCUCACCGGGCUGCCCUUCACCAUCACGCCGGAGGGGCUGGAGCAGACCUUCGCCACAAACUACCUGGGCCCGUUCCUGCUCACCAACCUGCUGCUGGACCUCCUGAAGGCGUCGGCGCCCGCCCGCAUCGUCAACGUCUCGUCCUUCCGGCACAGCGUGGGCACUGUCGACAGCCGCUACCUCACCGGGCAGGAGCGGCUCCGCGGCUCCGACGCCGCCUACAACAGCACCAAGCUGAUGAACGUCCUCUUCACCGCCGAGCUGGCGCGGCGCCUGCAGGGCACAGGGGUGACUGCCAACGCCUUGAGCCCCGGCGUGGUGAGCACCAGCAUCAUGCGCCACUUCGGCUGGGCUGUCCGGGCGCUCUUCACCCUCAUCCGCCCCUUCAUCAAGUCGGCAGAGCAGGGGGCCGUCAGCACCAUUUACUGCGCCGUCUCGGAGGAGGCCGCGGGCAUCACCGGCAAGUACUUUGACAGCGACUGCGGGCUGGCGCUGCCCUCCAUGGCUGCCCGCGACACCGGCCUCGCUCGCAAGCUCUGGGAGGAGUCGGAGCGGCUGACGGGGCUCACCAACAGCCCCCGGCACUGACCCGGCCGUGGCUCUGCGUGGGGACGCGGCUGUGCCACCCGGCACUGCCAGCCCCCGUGGCGAGGUCCCCGUGGCUCCCCGGGACUGGCCGCUGCCAGGGGUGCCAGCGCUGCAGGGCGCAGCAGAGGGGUCACCCUGCCUGACCCAGACCCCGGCCCCGCAGGCGCAGCCCCUUCCCAAAAGGGAACGGCUGCCGUGACGCGGCACAGACCGUGUCGCCACCGCAGUGUAACUCCUUUAUUAAAAGGCCCUGUGC